GCUGCGCGGGGGCGCGGCAGUAUUUUACCCAAAGUUCCUACUUCUCGCUGGCUCAGUUACCGCGAGAUGCGCGCGGCUGGCUCCGGCUGCCCCGCCGCACGUGUCUGCUGAGGGAGCCUGAGCCGCUGCCGCCUUCUCCUGCUCGUCCGCACCCUGAGGUGCGGGGUGUGUCGCCAUGGGGAAGGCCAGGUCCGCCGCGCGCGGGAAGGCCUCUGCGGCCCCGGCGGGCGCGCGGGGGGGCCGGGCGAGGCCGAACCCCAACCCAUUCGAGGUGAAAGUAAACCGGCAGAAGUUCCAGGUUCUGGGCAGGAAGACGCGCCACGACGUGGGCCUGCCCGGGGUGUCGCGCGCGCGGGCCCUCCAGAAGCGCACCCAGACUCUGCUGAAGGAGUACAAGGAAAGGGAUAAGUCCAGCGUGUUCCGAGAUAAACGCUUUGGGGAGUACAACAGCAGCAUCACCCCGGAGGAGAAGAUGAUGAAGAGGUUUGCUCUGGAGCAGCAGCGACAACAUGAAAAAAAAAGCAUCUACAACCUAAAUGAAGAUGAAGAAUUAACUCAUUACGGCCAGUCUUUGGCGGAUAUCGAAAAGCACAAUGACAUUGUCGAUAGUGACAGCGACGCUGAGGACCGGGGAACGCUGUCAGCCGAGCUGACUGCGACGCACUUUGGAGGCGGAGGCGGGCCACUCCCUGGGAAGGCCGCCCAGCAGCCUGGCGAGGGCGAGGAGCCACCCAAGUCCCGCAGGGAGCUGAUUGAGGAGCUCAUCGCCAGGUCCAAGCAGGAGAAGAGGGAGAGACAGGCUCAACGGGAAGAUGCCCUUGAGCUCACAGAGAAGCUAGACCAAGACUGGAAAGAAAUCCAGGCUCUCCUGGCCCGCAAGACGCCCAAGUCUGAGAGUGGAGGCGGAAAGGAGAAGCCCAAGCCUGAUGCAUACGACGUGAUGGUUCGUGAGCUCGGCUUUGAAAUGAAAGCGCAGCCCUCUAGCAGGAUGAAAACGGAGGAGGAGCUGGCCAGGGAGGAGCAGGAGCGCCUCAGCCGCCUGGAGGCUGAGAGGCUCCGGAGGAUGCUCGGGAGAGAGGAGGAUGCGCACAGCAAGAGACCAAAGCACCUGUCGGCUGACGACCUGCACGACGGCUUCGUGCUGGACAGAGAUGACCGGCGCUUGCUUUCUUACAAAGAUGGAAAGAUGAACGUCGAGGAGGAGCCAAGUGGGGACGCCAGUGGCGGGGAGAGUGGAGAGGACGAAGAGGAGGAGGGCGAAGGCUGGAGCGAGGGGGGCCCGGAGGACAGCGACAGCCCAGACGGCCACUCGGACCUGGAGUCUGACGCCGAGAGCGAGGACACACACGAGCGGCCCCAGGGGGGUCGGCGUCCAAGCCCCGGAGAGCGGCUGCCAAGGGACGACCGGGUGGCGGCCAGGGCCCAGCUGCCCUACACCUUCGCAGUUCCCGAAUCCUGCGAGGAACUGAAGUCUUUACUGUCCGGAAAAUCGACGGAAGACCAGCUUUUGGUUGUGGAGAGAAUUCAGAAAUGCAACCACCCCAGCCUCGCAGUGGGGAACAAAGCGAAGCUGGAAAAACUGUUCGGCUUCCUUCUGGAAUACAUCGGAGACCUGGCUGCAAGCAACCCCCCAGACCUCGACGUCAUUGACAGGCUGGUCGUGCCAUUGUAUAACCUUUGCCAGAUGUUUCCUGAGUCUGCAAGUGAUGCUGUGAAAUUUGUCCUCCGAGAUGCCAUGCACGAGAUGGAAGGGACCGUUGAGACCACAGGCCGGGCAGCCUUCCCGGGCCUGGACGUGCUCAUUUACUUGAAGAUCGCUGGGAUGUUGUUCCCGACCUCUGACUUCUGGCACCCGGUCGUCACGCCUGCGCUGCUGUGCUUGAGCCAGCUGCUCACCAAGUGCCCUGUGCAGUCACUGCAGGACGUGGUCAAGGGGCUCUUCGUGUGCUGUGUGUUCCUGGACUACGUGGCUCUGUCCCAGAGGUUCAUUCCUGAGCUCAUCAAUUUUCUCGCUGGGAUUCUUCACAUGGCAACUCCAAACAAGCAGAGCCAAGGUUACACUCUGGUGCACCCUUUCAGAGCACUUGGGAAGAACUCGGAGUUGCUCUUGGUUUCUGAUGAGGAAGACGUGGCCACGUGGCAGAGGAGAAGCCUCCCCCUCCAGUGGGCAGGUGGCCUGGAAGCCCAGACUGAGACGGAGGCCAACCACGCCAGGCUGUCCUGCCUGGCCGUGUGUCUGGCUCUGGUGAGGAGCUGUGUGCUCACCUACGGCCUCCUGCCCUCCUUCCACGACAUCACGCGGCCCCUCCGAGCCCUCCUGAUGGAGCACCUGGCCACCCGCUGCUGCCCUCCUGCGCUCCAGGAGCUGAGCCGGAGCGUUCUGACGGAGAUGGAAAGCCAGCCAAGGCACUAUCGGCCGCUGGUCUGUGAGAAGAGCAAGCCGGUGCCGCUGAAACUGUUCACCCCCCGGCUUGUCAAAGUCCUGGAGUUCGGCAGGAAGCAGGGCAGCACCAAGGAGGAGCAGGAGCGGCGGAGGCUGAUCCACAAGCACAAGCGGGAGUUCAGAGGCGCCGUCAGGGAGAUCCGCAAGGACAGCCAGUUCCUGGCCCGCACGCGGCUCUCGGAGAUCAGGGAGCGGGAUGCGGAAAGAAAACGAAAAGUGAAGCAACUUUUUAACAGCCUGGCCACACAGGAAGGUGAAUGGAAGGCUCUGAAGAGGAAGAAGUUCAAAAAAUAAAUUAUAUUUUAUAAAAAGACAAGGAGAUACUGUAUACUGAACACCAAGGGGCUGCUGGCUCUAAUGCCAGAGUUUUCUCCUGUACUUCGUUCCUGUUAAGAAGCCUCUCCUGACGAAUUGCACUUUUGGAACUGGGUCCAGGCCUCCACGGGAGCAGCGUGCCGAUAAACUGUGCAUGACACCUGGGCAUGGUUUCCAGACAGUCCUGAGUUCCAUCACAAGGCUUGGGGCCGGCGGGGUCCUGGCCAGCGUCUCUGGUCAAUCAGGCACACGUGCCUCCAUGUGUAAUUUGCAGUGGUAUUUAUAAUGUUACAUAAUUUUCAGUUAUCAAUGAAACAAGUUUG